AUGCGCCACUACUUGAACCUAGCAGAGACCCUUCUGCAAGCAUGGCUCGACCAGACAUUGAUAUUCUUGGUCCUCGCAACACUCAAAGUGUACUUUUUCUCGUCUGCGUUGAUUUCCAUGAUCUCGGCGGUCAGUGAGUCCAGUAUGCCGCUCUGCCGCCAAUUGGAACUCCUUGCCAGCGACUUGGAACAGGCCCCGGCACAAAUGUCUCGCAUCACAUCGCUGGUGCUAGCAACCCUAGCAGCAAAUACCCACAAUCUAGUUGAAAAGCUGGUGUACUUGCUGGCGGCCAUCGCGAAAAGCAUAAUCUCGCUUCUUCUAGAGUUGUACUUGGGGACGUUGACGUGUCUAAUAACGGCGUUGGUCCAGGGCACCUUGGACCUUGUUUCAGACAUCUUGGAGGACAUCACUCUGUUUGUCCAAAAUGCCAUCAACACCGUUUUGGAUGAGUUUAACUCUGCGCUCUCGGGCUUAUCUUCUGUGAUCAAUACCGUGACCACGGCAGUUAGUGCGGUGGAGUCGCUCUUCUCAUCGUCCGAUGAGUCGAGCCUCACCAGCGACAUCGACACUGUGAACCUCACGGUGUCCUCGUUGUCAAACAUCACAAUACCCACGAGCUGGAUCGGUGAUAUUGACGACUUGGCCAACGACAUUCCCGAUUUCGAAGACGUGCUUUCCAACGUCCUGUCGUUGCUUACUUCUCCCAUCACCGAGCUCACCCAAAGCUUUGCCAACGCGUCGUUCAAUUUCACGCUCAAUGACACUCUAUUGAGCCAAUCGGCAAACGCAACACAGAGUAUGUGCGAUGAAUACGAGUCCGUACUAGACAGUGCAAUCUCUGCCACAAGAUCCAUGGCCGACUACAUAGUGUUGGGGCUUUGUAUUGGGAUUGUUCUAUACACAGUGGUGGCGUGGGUCUUUUCAUACUUUCGAAUGCGAAAGCAGUCGCUGUUAUUUGAAGCUCUUUCAAAAAUAGACACUCCCGAGGAAGUUGGAAAUAGCAUCGGGCAUUUUGAACACGGCUUUAUGGGCAUAUUCACGAGUCGCUGGAAACCAGAGUUCCAGUGGUUGUAUUCAUACCUCACCACCUCGAAUUUGAGAAUGUGCCUCUUGGUUGGCCUCUUGGGUUGGCUCGUUGUACUUCUCCAGUUUGUCACUCUACAGCAAACCACAAAAAUCUUGGGGCAGUUGCUGACAGGCGGUACGUUAUCAUCUCAAACAAAAGGUCAGCUUAUUGACGAGUUUUCUCAAUACUUGGACGACGCGCAAAUAUCUUUGGACGACGCGGUGGAUGAAGUCAACGAAGCCUUGUUUUCCUCAAUCCACAAUACCUCCUCGGUCAUUCUCGACAAGCUUGACUUUUUCCAAACGUCUGUUAAUGACACCAUCAAUGUUGUCUUUGGCUCAUCGUUUCUUGCGUCGCCGCUUCGUACCAUCAUAUAUUGCACCAUAGGCCGGAAGGUGGACACGAUUGAAAAAGGGUUGCAAUGGAUUGAGAGCAACACGAUUUUUGAAGCGCCCUCACUUGAAUCUUCAUACAUGGAAGAAGUCUUUGAGAGCUCGACCCCGGAUGUGUCCAACGUGCUGCUGAGCGUUGCGGACAAUGUGAUUUCCGCAGUUCAAAAAGUCAUCCAAGGGCAGAAAAAAGCAUUAUGGAAAGAGUUUUUCAUUUCCACGGCCUUUGUCGGAGUAUGGUUUCUAUACUUGCUUUUGGGCCUAGCACUUCUCGCCAAUCGCAAAUUCGUGGCCAGUGACCCUGAUCCCAGACUUGACUCUCAAGCCAUUAGCUGGCCGACUCAGCUAUGCGAGGAGGCUCAGCGCGAGUACUCAUACCCAUUCAACAAUCCUUAUGUGGUCUCAAAUAACGGGAAGCAUAUUGACGGAAGAAGCAUUGUGAGCGACCUUCCGUCACUGACUGCCGAAAUUCGCAACCCUGAGCCACACCGUCAUGAGAUGAUGUAG